AUGACCCUCGAUGACCUGACGGAGAUUGAGAAGGCAGCGAAGCCAGUCUCUCUUGAUGACGCCUCCCAGUCCGCCACUCCCGAGACGAUCAUGACUGCCGUCCAAACCCGCGCCAUAAAACAGGUCAAGGAAUUCUAUAAGUGCAUUUUACAAUAUGCACAUGCAAUUUGUACUACUCCCCAUGCUUCCACAACCAAGCCAUACAAGAGUCUUAAAGCGGAUGCGGACGCUGUAGUACUGGACGAAGCAGGCGCAAUGUGGAAGGCUGAUGCGCUCCAAGUUAUCGGCCAGACUCUCCGUCCUGUCGCCAUGGCUAGGGACGAGAAUCAGUUGCCACCGACCGUCAUGACCCUGAUGGACAAGGAUGGAAGCAUGCUCAACCAAUUCGCACCAGACACUCGAACCUCAAUGCUUGAGCAUCUCAAGCGUACUGGGCAGGUAUGUUUCGUCCUGAACUGA